UUUUUUCUUUUUCUAAAUUCUGGCAAAGUGUAAAAACAAAAUUACCAAUCUGCAGACUCUAACCCUUUUCAAUAUUUAUAUAAACGACUUGUAAAACAAUGGACUCUCUUGCACAAGCAGCGGCAGCAACCGCCGACGACUUUAACGAUUUGGAUGUGGAAAUCAAGCGGUCGAGCAAUGAAGAAAUCAACAGCCGCACCCGGCUGAUUGAGAACGAAAUUCGCGUACUGCGGAGCGACCACCAGCGACUGACGCACGAGCAGAACAUGAUGAUGGUGAAAAUCAAGGAGAACACAGACAAGAUCAACAUCAACAAGCAGCUGCCGUACCUGGUAUCCAAUGUAGUCGAGAUUCUGGAUGUCAGCCCGGAUGGAGACGAAGACACCAAUGAGGAGAGCGAGAAGGGGGCCAGCGGUAGUGCGGAUGCGGAGCCGAAGCACAAGGGCAAGUGUGCGGUUAUCAGGACAUCGACCCGGCAGACCGUUUUCUUGCCUAUCAUCGGUCUGGUGCCGACGAGCGAGCUGACCGCUGGAGACCUGAUUGGCGUACACAAAGACAGUUACUUGAUCCUUGAGAAGCUUCCUACCGAGUACGACUCGCGAGUGAAGGUCAUGGAGGUGGACGAGAAGCCGACAGAAGACUACAGUGAUAUCGGUGGCUUGGACAAGCAGGUGGAGGAGCUCGUCGAGGCUAUUGUAUUGCCGAUGACGCACGCCGAGCGGUUUAAGAACCUGGGAAUUAAGCCUCCCAAGGGUGUACUGAUGUAUGGCCCGCCGGGAACCGGAAAGACGCUGUUGGCCCGCGCGUGUGCGGCGCAGACGCAGUCGACAUACCUGAAGCUCGCGGGCCCGCAACUCGUGCAGAUGUUUAUCGGUGACGGGUCCAAAAUGGUCCGCGACGCGUUUGCACUGGCCAAGGAGAAGGCGCCGACGAUUAUUUUCAUUGAUGAGCUGGAUGCCGUCGGUACCAAGCGUUUCGACAGCGAGAAGAGCGGUGAUCGUGAGGUGCAGCGGACCAUGCUGGAGCUGCUCAACCAGCUCGAUGGGUUUGGAAGCGACGACCGCAUCAAGGUCAUUGCGGCGACUAACCGCAUUGAUAUCCUGGAUCCGGCGCUGCUGCGCUCAGGCCGUCUGGACAGAAAGAUCGAGUUCCCGUUGCCCAACGAGGAGGCCAGGUCGCGGAUUAUCCAGAUCCAUUCGCGCAAGAUGAACGUCUCAUCCGACGUCAACUACGAUGAGCUGGCCAGGUCCUGUGAUGAGUUCAAUGGCGCGCAGUGCAAGGCCAUCUGUGUUGAGGCCGGUAUGAUUGCGCUGAGACGCGGCGCAACAAAGCUGUCGCACGAGGACUUUAUGGAGGGCAUCCAGGAGGUCCAGGCGAAGAAGAAGACAUCGCUGCAGUACUUUGCGUAGAGUGAAAAAAUGGCAUUUAUAUUCUCUCUUCCUUCCUUCCUUCCUUCAUUACAUUGCUUUUUUACCUAUAAAUCUUACU